CAGCAGUACGACUGGAAGCGUCCUGUCACCGAAGUUCUCCGAAAACCUUGAAGAAGUUAGCUAAACAGACACCUGACAGUUAACAGUGUUCGCGUUUUGAAAAUGAGUUAAGUAUAACUUAGUUAACGAUACAAGUCAUCGUCGAAUUUACUGAACUAAAGCUGAGGGAUGUCAGCAGUGGCUGCCAUUACCUUGUUCAGGUCCAAAAUAUUUCCCAUUGGAACCAGAGUUCUGUGGACAGCAAGGGCCCUGCUGGUCAAGCCCCGCCCCUUCCACUGUGGCCCCGCCCCCAGGCUCAGCAACUCCAGGUUUGACCCCGAUGGGAGCGGCACGCCCACCACGUGGGACGCCUUCGGCAUCUGGGACGACCGCAUCGAUGAGCCCAUCCUGCUCCCGCCCAGCAUAAAGUACGGCACGCCCAUCCCCAAAGUCAGCCUGGCGCGAGUGGGCGGGGCCUCCCUGCUGGGCCGGCGCAAGGAGAACGAGGACCGCCUGCAGGCCUCGCAGAUCACCGACGCCGUGCUGUACUUCGCCGUGUUCGACGGACACGGCGGGCCGCAGGCGGCCGACUUCUGCCACAAGUACAUGGAGACGUACAUCAGAGAUCUAGUUGCAAAGGAGGAAGACCUUGAGCUGGUUUUACGCAAAGCAUUCCUUGAAGUCGACAAAGCCCUGGAAAGACAAUUGCACGUCUCUGCUGAUGCAUCCCUGCAGACGGCGGGCAGCACCGCCACGGUGGCGCUGCUGAGAGACGGCAUCGAGCUGGCGGUGGGCAGCGUGGGCGACAGCCGCGCCAUCCUCUCCCGCAAGGGCAAGGCCGUCAAGCUGACCGUGGACCACACCGCCGAGAGGAAGGACGAGAGGGAGAGGAUUAAGAGCAGCCGACUGUUCCCCCCCCCCCAGCUUCAUCAUGCCCAUGACGCCUUCCUGGCUCUCACCACAGAUGGGAUCAACUUCAUCAUGAACAGCCAGGAGAUCUGUGAUGUCAUCAGUCAGUGCCAUGACCCUAAAGAAGCAGCCCAGCGUAUCACUGAGCAGGCCCUGCAGUAUGGCUCAGAAGAUAACAGCACUGCGCUGGUGGUGCCCUUUGGUGCCUGGGGCAAACACAAAAGCUCCCACCUCACCUCCACCUUCAGCCGGAGCUUCACCUCCUCGGGCCGCUGGGCCUGAGCGCGCUGCCCCCCGCAGGACGUCUGGGGAACUGCACCCACCACACCUUUGCCAACAGAACUCAGGAGUGCCUUCAGUACAUGGCAUGUUGAAUGCUUGCGACAGACUGUACUUCAGGGUGGACAGAUUGUAGUUGUACUUUACGAGGCCUUGCCAUUUUAAAAUAGAGCCAGUGUGCCUUGCAUAACUUUGGAAAUUUGUUAGGCCAACAGUGCACUUUUUACCCUGGACACGACUUGUACAAAAUAAAUUUUGUGAACUAUU